GUUUUUCUCCCUAGCCACUAAUAUAUAUAUCACCGUCAUUUUGAGUCAUAUGGCUAUGGCACAGAUAAAAUGAUAACAUCCAACCCUCAUCAUGGACGUGUUUUUCUCUUCAGCAUUAGGCCGAAGACCUCCUUAUCCAUGACCGUCAUUUUGCAGUCUCGUCCACGGGGAGUGUUUGAUUUUCUGGCUCACAUACCUCCAUGUGCAUUCACGAGACUCACUCUGCAGACGUCAUCCACAUGCACAAGAGCCCAAAAUCAUCACUGUCAAGCGCUUCGUAAAGAAUGACGCCGUACGACAUCGUACUACUGCUUACUCGAGACAGGGUGCUAGACUUCAGCUUUUGGCUGGACCACACUUUCUCAUUGCUUCAGUUCGUCCUGCACCGUGGGGAAUUCGAUGCAAUAGAUACAGGACACGCAUCGGUUCUACGACAGGAGGUCAAAGCAGGAUGCAACACUCCGCUAAACGUCUCACUCUUCGACCUUGGGAUUGUGUUGGACGAAUGCGGUUCAUAUGGUCUAUUGGGGGUGAUCAGCUGGUUCGUCACCUCGAGAAUCGAGGAGAUAUGGUGGAUGUGUUUGGAGCUCGUUACGCAACAGGUGCAGCCCGUCUUCCAGUGCGUUUGGCCAGAAAGUCGAGUAUUAGGAUUUGGACAGGCUUAG